CACAGCCCUCUCCUCUCGCCCCUCCGCUCCCCUCUCCCCCGACACAUCUUCGCGUCUGCCCGGCCGUCCGUCCCCGGCGCCGGCGAGCCCUGGGCCGCCCAUGAUGGGCUCCGUGCUCCCGGCGGAGGCCCUGGUGCUCAAGACGGGGCUGAAGGGUCCGGGGCUGGCGCUGGCCGAGGUCAUCACCUCCGACAUCCUGCACAGCUUCCUGUACGGCCGCUGGCGCAACGUGCUGGGCGAGCAGCUCUUCGAGGACAAGAGCCACCACGCCAGCCCCAAGACGGCCUUCACCGCCGAGGUCCUGGCGCAGUCCUUCUCGGGCGAGGUGCAGAAGCUGUCCAGCCUGGUGCUGCCAGCGGAGGUGAUCAUCGCGCAGAGCUCCAUCCCUGGCGAGGGCCUCGGCAUCUUCUCCAAGACGUGGAUCAAGGCUGGCACCGAGAUGGGCCCCUUCACCGGCCGCCUCAUCGCCCCGGAGCACGUAGACAUCUGCAAGAACAACAACCUCAUGUGGGAGGUGUUCAAUGAGGAUGGCACAGUGCGCUACUUUAUCGAUGCCAGCCAGGAGGACCACCGCAGCUGGAUGACCUACAUCAAAUGCGCACGCAACGAGCAGGAGCAGAACCUGGAGGUCGUCCAGAUUGGCACCAGCAUCUUCUACAAGGCCAUCGAGAUGAUCCCUCCUGACCAGGAGCUGCUGGUGUGGUACGGGAACUCGCACAACACCUUCCUGGGGAUCCCCGGAGUGCCCGGGCUGGAGGAGGAGCAGAAAAAGAACAAGCACGAGGACUUCCACCCGGCGGACUCGGCGGCGGGCACCGCGGGCCGCAUGCGCUGCGUCAUCUGCCACCGCGGCUUCAACUCGCGCAGCAACCUGCGCUCGCACAUGCGCAUCCACACGCUGGACAAGCCGUUCGUGUGCCGCUUCUGCAACCGCCGCUUCAGCCAGUCGUCCACGCUGCGGAACCACGUGCGCCUGCACACGGGCGAGCGCCCCUACAAGUGCCAGGUGUGCCAGAGCGCCUACUCGCAGCUGGCCGGCCUGCGUGCCCACCAGAAGAGCGCGCGCCACCGGCCGCCCAGCGCCGCGCUGCAGGCGCACUCGCCCGCCCUGCCCGCGCCGCACCCGCACGCGCCCGCGCUCGCCGCCGCCGCCGCCGCGCACCACCUGCCGGCCAUGGUGCUGUGAGCGCCGCCCGCACCCGCCCGCGCCCCCACCUGCCGGCCAUGGUGCUGUGAGCGCCGCCCGCACCCGCCCGCGCCCCCACCUGCCGGCCGUGGUGCUGUGAGCGCCGCCCGCACCCGCCCGCGCCCCCACCUGCCGGCCGUGGUGCUGUGAGCGCCGCCCGCGCCCCCACCUGCCGGCCAUGGUGCUGUGAGCGCCGCCCGCACCCGCCCGCGCCCCACCUGCCGGCCGUGGUGCCCGCCCCCGCCUUCCCGCCUGCAGCGCCCCCCGCGCCCGGCUGCGGGCCCUUCGGACUGAAUCUCCGGGCCGGAAGCGGCCGGGGGACCCCGCAGUGUCGGUGCGCGACAACAGUGAGCCCCGGGCGUACACUUUUCGCCCGUUUUUCAGAUGAGGACCCUGGGGACGACGUUCCUUUCCCGGGGCCACCCAUUGGUUGCAGCUUCUCGGCCGCCUCCCGUUGGGGUGGGUGGUCCCCAAGCCCUAACUCCCCAAUGUCCCUCCUCCUAUCGAGCCGGGCGUCCAAGCUGGCAUCCCCCUCGUGGGUGGCAGGAGAAGGGACUGCAGGUCUCCGAGGGCCCCAAGCGGGGAAAGGACCUCCAACUCCCCCCUCCCCCCCCCCAGAACGGUGUGCUGGCAAUGGAAGGAGAGCGACCCCCCUGUCCCAGUGUGGCCUGGCGUUCGCCCACCUGUCUCCCCAUCCUGCCUCUUGGGGCUGUUGUCCCCAGUGUCCGCAGUCACUUGAGAGCGUGGCAGCCCGAAGAGGCGCACAGAGACCCGCACUGCCCUUGCGGGGGGCGGGUCACUUUUAGGCCACCUUCCUUCUCCAACCCCUACGCGGCUCCCAGAGGAUGGGUGAGGCACGAGUACUUUGCUGUGCGGAGGGUGCAGGUAAACGGAAAUCCACUGUGGGACCCGGGAAAGACUCUGCCCCUCUUUGGGCCUCAGUUUCCCCUUCCUCCAUUUAUAAAAUGAGAGACUUGGGCCGAGGCCCCCUCCCCUUCAGCUCUGACAUCAUGGUUGGGAAAGGGAAGUUUUCCUGCCCGUCCUCGCCACACUCCAGCAGGAGGAGGGACAGACUGGCUGUCUGUGCGGAGUGGGGGUGUGCGUGGGGUGGGGGUCCACCCUGCUGCCCACGCUCUCCCUUGCUCUUUCCCAAGUUUCCCCGAGUUCGGCCCUGAGCGCCCUCUGGUGUCAUCUCUCCCACCUUCCAGGCAUUUACCAGUAUUUCCGUAGGGCGUUUUGUAAGAUAAAGAAACUAUAAUAAUAUUAAUGAAAAGUAUAAAAUGUAUAGAGUUUUCAAGAAACUGUGUUCUACUUCCAGAAAAUGGUCACUUUAACUUUGUAAAUAUUUACCUAAAAUGAUAUUUACAAAAACUGUGGUAUAUAUUGAUUGUAUAUGUAUAACUGUAAAUACAUUUGUACCUCUCUUGUAUUCUAAAAUAAAAAUUACUUGGAGCAUU